CACCAUGGCCAAGAAGCGAAUUGCUGUGAUUGGAGCUGGAAUUAGUGGACUGGGUGCUACUAAGUGCUGCUUAGAUGAAGAUCUGGAGCCCACCUGUUUUGAAAGAAGAGAUGAUAUUGGAGGUCUCUGGAAAUUUCAAAGAAAUACUUCAGAGAAAAUACCUAGUAUCUACAAAUCUGUGACCAUCAAUACUUCCAAAGAGAUGAUGUGCUUCAGUGACUUCCCCAUACCUGAUCAUUUUCCCAACUACAUGCACAACUCCAAACUCAUGGACUACUUCAGGAUGUAUGCCAAGCACUUUGGCCUCCUAAAAUACAUUCGUUUUAAGACUAAAGUGCAAAGUGUGAAGAAGCAUUCAGAUUUUUCUUCCAGUGGACAAUGGGAUGUUGUUGUGGAGACUGAAGGGAAACAAGAGACUUUGGUAUUUGAUGGGGUCUUGGUCUGCAGCGGGCAUCACACAGAACCCUUCUUACCUCUUCAGUGCUUCCCAGGCAUUGAGGUGUUUGAAGGCUGUUAUUUCCACAGUCGAGAAUACAAAAGUCCUGAAGACUUUUUAGGAAAGAGAAUCAUAGUGGUUGGCAUUGGGAAUUCUGGAGUGGACAUUGCAGUGGAGCUCAGUCGUGUAGCAAAGCAGGUAUUUCUUAGUACUAGACGAGGAUCAUGGAUUUUACACCGUGUUUGGGAUAAUGGGUAUCCCAUGGAUAGUUCAUUUUUCACUCGGUUCAAUCAUUUUCUCCAGAAAAUAUUAACUACAGGACAAAUAAAUAACCAACUAGAGAAGAUGCUAAACUCAAGAUUCAAUCAUGCACACUACGGUCUGCAGCCCCAGCACAGAUUUUUAAGUCAACAUCCAACUGUCAGUGAUGAUCUGCCAAAUCACAUAAUUUCUGGAAAAGUUCAAGUGAAGCCCAAUGUGAAGGAGUUCACAGAAACAGAUGCCAUUUUUGAUGAUGGCACUGUAGAGGAAAAUAUUGAUGCUGUCAUCUUUGCUACAGGAUACACUUUUUCUUUUCCUUUCCUUGAUGGUCUGAUCAAAGUCACUAACAAUGAAGUGUCCCUGUAUAAGCUCAUGUUCCCUCCUGACCUGGAGAAGCCAACAUUAGCUGUCAUCGGUCUUGUCCAGCCACUGGGCAUCGUGCUACCUAUUGCAGAACUCCAGUCUCGCUGGGCUACACGAGUGUUCAAAGGGCUGAGCAAAUUACCCUCAGUGAAGAACAUGAUGGUAGAUAUUGUCCACAGGAAAAGGACUAUGGAAAAACGGUAUGUGAAGACACCCCGCCACACAAUCCAAGUGGACCACAUUGAGUACAUGGAUGAGAUCGCCACCCUGGUAGGGGUGAAACCCAACUUGCUCUUCCUCUUUCUCUCAGACCCAAAGCUGGCCAUGGAAGUUUUCUUUGGUCCAUGCACCCCAUACCAGUACCGCCUGCAGGGGCCCGGAAAAUGGGAUGGAGCCCGGAGAGCCAUCCUGACCCAGAGAGAGCGAAUUCUCAAGCCCCUGAGGACACGCAUUACUUGUGAGGAUGGUCAUUCAUCCUCACAGCUGUCUUGGAUAAAAAUGACCCCAGUGGGUCUGGCAUUUCUGGCUGCUGGCUUAGCAUACUUUAGAUACAUUCAUCAUGGUAAACAAAAAUAA